CCUGACUUCUCCCGCCCCGCCACUCGCCUGCGCUUGGCCAGAUGCUUCUCCCUUCGCACGCCCACCGCCGUCCUCCUCUUCCGCGCCGCCGGGGAGCGUCGUCGCGCCGCGGCGUUCAUGGCCUUAUUACUACAUCGCCGCGCCGAGCAGGAUGCCUCGUCGUCCUCCUCCUCGCCCUCGCCUCCGUCGUCCUCGCGGCGGCCGUGCUCCACCGCGCCUCCUCAAAACCGCGCGCCGGCCACCACCAUCGUGAGGAAGGCCACCUCCGGACCGCCGCUCGGAGGGUCACGAUCUUCUCAUCCCCGCUCCGCCCGCCCGACGGCUCGCCCGCGCGGCAGGAGCUGGCGGUGCGGUCGUGGCUGGCGCUCCCGUGGGACGUCACCGUCGUGCUCCUCGGCUCCCACCCGUCGGCGCUCGCGCUCGCGGGGCGGCUCGGACGCCGGGUCACCGUCGAGGCCGCCGUCGAUUCCUCGUGCGGGCACCCUCGCAAAUUUAACUCGCCGUCUGUUCAGUCCGCCAUGGAAGCUGCCCGAACUGAGGAACUGAGCUGCACCUGCCCUCCUGGUUUCAGGUUCACGGGGACGCCAUUCUUCCACUCCAUGAUCGCAAGAGCGCAAGCCGCCGACGACUCCGACGUCUGCGUCCUCGUCGACGCCGAAGUCGUUCUGCUCCCCGAAGCCGUCACAUUACUGGCAGAUCUCAGCAAAAUUGACCGUGAGUGGCUCCUCGUUUCAGCGUCACGCAACGUUUCCAGCUUCUCCUACAAUCUCGCCCACAGUGCGAUGCUAGAGGAGAUUCAAGCUGAGGAAUGGGCAGCAGAUGGCAGCGACAGGGGGCUCGUUUUCGCGUGGAACAAUCCGGGCCGUCCAUUGCUUGCAGGAGUCGUGCCUUCUUUUCUGUAUGGAAGAGGGGCGCACAGCAGGUGGCUGAUCCAUGAAGUUCUGUCAUCUGAAACGAGGCUCGUCUUCGAUGCAAGCAGUCUAGUUCUUGGGCUAUACCCCGAAGAUUCCACGGCAAAGCGCGGCGCUGGUUCGAGUAGCAGCGGCAGAUUACCUGGUGGAUCAUGGGAGCACGGUGUCAACCGGCAUCUCGCUUCGGUUUACGGGUCGUAUUGCCGUCGUCCGCCAGGAGGACAUCAUCAUUCUUUCUCCAUGCUGUAUGAAGUGGUAAAGCAUUCUGAAGAUUACAUGUUGAGCAAAGUUGAAGAGCCUACAUUCUCAAGAUUUGUCACAGGUAAAGAACAGGAUGCCCAUGAAGAGGUUGGUGGUAACCCAUGGAACAAAGAGAACAAUUGCUUGCCUGAUCAUCUGCCAAGCUAUUCUUCAGAAGCCUCUGACGUUCCAUAUUCAUUAGAAAUGCUCCUUCGGUUCGUAGCCGACGAUAAUAAGUCUGUUGUUCUUGGUGUGGCUGGGGCAAGUUACAGGGACAUGCUUAUGAGCUGGGUGUGCCGCUUGCGCCGUCUCAGAGUCGCCAAUUUUGUAGUCUGUGCUCUAGAUCAAGAGACAUACGAAUUCUCCGUCUUGCAGGGUUUGCCAGUUUUCAGAGAUCCAACGUCGCCAAACAACGUCAGUUUUGAUGACUGCCACUUUGGAACCCAGUGUUUUAAGCGAGUGACCAAGGUUAAAUCGCGCAUUGUUCUGGAGAUUAUAAGGAUGGGGUACAACGUGCUGCUGAGUGAUGUUGAUGUCUACUGGUUUCACAAUCCAGUGCAGUUCCUGCACUCUCUUGGACCUGCUACAUUCGCAGCCCAAUCAGAUGAAUACAAUGAGACAGGGCCAAUAAACCUGCCACGCCGGCUAAAUUCGGGUUUCUACUACGCCCGAUCAGACAGCGCCACCAUCACCGCGAUGGAGAUGGUAGUGAAGCACGCGGCCAAAUCAAACUCAUCUGAGCAGCCAAGCUUCUAUGACGUCCUGUGUGGGAAGGAAGGUGUGAACCGACUCGGCAACGACAGAUGCCUAGAGCCUAGCACAAACCUCACCGUCGUGUUUCUGGACCGGGAUUUGUUCCCCAACGGAGCUUACAAGGGGCUCUGGGGAAGGCAUGACAUGCGCUCAGCUUGCAAGAAGCUCGGGUGCUUCAUCAUCCACAAUAACUGGGUAAACGGGAGGAAGAAGAAACUCUGGCGACAGAUGGAAUCCGGGCUGUGGGACUAUGAUCCUGGCUUCAGGAUGUGCUUGCAGAGCUGGGGUGAAGCAAGUAGUAGCUUCACAGUGGCCGAGCAGUUUCACGCGUCUGACGACAUGGAAAGUUAGUACCUGACCUUAUUGUAGACAGUUAGCUACUUGCCAAUGCUAAUUCUGAAAAUGUUCAA